CCUGUAUGCACUACGCGAUCAUAUUAUUAAAUACACAUAUUUAUCAUAAUAAUAAUAUUUAAUUCAAUUUCAAUGUUUAGUGUUAGAAUGUUCUAUUUUAUUCUACUGUUAACUCCUAUUCUAUAAUAAUAAUUGUACCAUAAUAUUAUAGAAAUAUAGAGGCUGAUCAAAUCAACGAACGAUCUUGUAUAUCAAUCGUCGCGACUGAGUUUUCCUACUUCUCAGCGUGUUUCAGAUUAAUGUACUUGAAAAAAACAACUAAUUAUGAAUGUAUGAUGUGUUCUUUUGUGAUAUAAAGAUAUGAACAAAUAUUAGUCAUCAUAAACAAAUAAUUUUACGUUAUAAUUUUUCAUUGAAAUUUCAAUGUAUCCGUCUAAUGGUGUUUGCUGUGGUCAUUUUAUUUGUCUGUCUGGCAUACGGGAGCUCAGCCAGGUUUCAAGACACUAAUAUUCACUCUGAAGACUUAUCAAAAACAGUUAAUGACUAUUUUCUUUGUCGGCAUUGUGGUACAGAUAUUUCACCAUUAUCAUCACUUAUAUCCAUUGACAGUCCAGCUGCUUCAAAAAGUCGUGUAUCUCAAUUGUUUGGCUUAAAAAAUGUCAAAGUUCAAACUGUAAAGAAUUCAUUGCAUUCACAAUUUGAAAUUCUUACGUUAUCUAAAACUUUGUGUGUUGGAAAAGGCAAUUGGCAGACUGAAGAUUCCUGGUUUCCCGGUUACGUUUGGAAAGUUUGUGUUUGUGCUAAAUGUGGACGUCAUAUUGGAUGGAUGUUUGAACCUUUACAUUUGGCUACCAGUGAUAAAAUAUACCCAUCAAAAGAAGGUUUUUAUGUUGUCAUCAUCUCAAGUAUUAUUAAUGAACUACAUGCUGAUUCAUUGAUUGUGGUGCCAAAACAUUUUUCUACAAUAGAAGAGAUCUCAGAUUAAAAAUGUCAUCUCCAAGUAAUCAAAAAUCAUUUGAUAUCAAACAUGAAAUAGUUAUUAAAGACGACAUCACUACAUUUAAAAUCCUUGAAUGUGUUGAUGAACCACUAACAGAGAAUCAGAAAGAAAAGUUAUUGCAGUUUGAGAAGGAGUUUAUAGGUCGAUAUACAGAUGAUGAUAAAGAUUAUGUUGCUACAGUAAAACUUGGAUGUACAACUCCACCAUUAGUUCCUUCUUAUAGACCAUUCUGGAAUCGUAGAAGAGAGUUUAAAAGAAAACGGGAAGACAGAAAUGAUGGACAUUCACAUUAUUCUCAUCAUAAACAUUCAAAUUAUGGUUAUAAUAAUGGUUAUAGAAGAUAAGAUAAAUUUUUUACAGCACACAUGUGUGAACUGUUUUAUCUAGGGGUUCAAAUUUGAUUAAUUAUUUAUAUCUU